GCAUAGUGAGGGUGAAUCGUUGGACGAAGGGCCGAUCACUGGGGGAGAGAGAAAGGUAGAUGGCGUCGUUGAAACUGAGCGUUCCAUCGAGCCAAUGGAUCGCAGGUGAGAGGUCGUUUGACCGGCGGAGCCGCAUCCUCACAGCAGCGCCACGGCGGCGGGUGGCCGUGGGGCCUAUCAGGGCCGGUUCGUACACCGACGAGCUCGUCCAGACCGCUAAAGUCAUUGCUUCUCCUGGGCGUGGGAUUCUUGCAAUCGAUGAAUCAAAUGCUACCUGUGGGAAGAGGCUUGCUUCGAUUGGCCUGGACAAUACGGAGGCAAAUCGGCAAGCCUACAGGCAGCUUUUGUUGACAACACCUGGUUUAGGCGAAUAUAUCUCUGGGGCUAUUCUUUUCGAGGAAACACUUUACCAGUCGACCACUGAUGGGAAGAAGUUUGUGGAUUGCUUACGCCAAGAGAAAAUAAUGCCCGGCAUAAAGGUUGAUAAGGGUUUGGUUCCAUUACCUGGAUCAAACAAUGAAUCUUGGUGCCAAGGAUUGGAUGGAUUGUCCUCAAGAUGUGCUGAAUAUUACAAGCAAGGAGCACGCUUUGCCAAGUGGCGGACAGUUGUCAGCAUUCCUUGUGGUCCUUCUGCCUUGGCUGUAAAGGAAGCUGCAUGGGGUCUUGCUCGGUAUGCUGCCAUUGCUCAGGACAAUGGUCUUGUCCCAAUAGUGGAGCCCGAAAUUCUCCUUGACGGUGACCACCCGAUUGAAAGAACACUUGAAGUUGCAGAAAAAGUUUGGGCAGAGGUGUUCUACUAUCUAGCUGAAAACAAUGUGGUGUUUGAGGGAAUCCUGCUAAAGCCAAGUAUGGUAACCCCGGGUGCUGAACACAAGGAAAAGGCCUCUCCAGAGAUGAUUGCAAAAUAUACACUUAAGAUGCUAAACAGAAGGGUACCACCUGCAGUUCCUGGAAUAAUGUUUCUGUCGGGAGGGCAGUCUGAAAUGGAGGCAACCCUCAAUCUGAAUGUGAUGAACCAGGCUCCCAAUCCAUGGCAUGUAUCGUUCUCUUAUGCUCGAGCUCUUCAAAACACAGUCUUGAAAACAUGGCAGGGCCGUCCGGAGAAUGUUGUGGCGUCACAGAAAGCACUCUUGGAUCGUGCAAAGGCUAAUUCCCUUGCACAGCUCGGUCGCUAUUCUGCCAAGGGGGAGAGUGAGGAAGCCAAGACAGGAAUGUUUCAGAAGGGUUAUACUUACUAAAGAGGUGCUAAACUGUUAAUCACCUCUUUUUAGUUUCUGGCUUUGGCUCAAUUGGUUCUUAAGUAUUAAGUAUCCAUUUUGUUUUUUGUGGACUCGAUGUUUUGGUUAGAGACUUGGAGGAGCAGAAUAAGUAUAAGAAUAAUGCAAUUGGCACAGUAGUGAUGAACUAGAAGAAAAUAUUCCAUCCAUGACUAUUGGCUUGUGUGAAACAAUUUGUAUUCAGGGACAUUAUGUUGCCCACAAAAUCCCGAAGAUGUUGCAAAUCGAACCAUUUUCUCUGGCCCUAAUGUUUAUAAGUUGUUGAUGUU